AUGAUAAUGGCAAAUUUUUCAAGAAUUUUAACUUUCCCAUUUGAUUUAGCUAAUGGUAAAAGUAAUAAUCAAUCAAAUACAAAUACAAAUUCAAAUUCAAAUACAACAAAUGGAACUUCAACAAGUUUAAUUAAAAAUAAUCAAAAUAUUUGUACAAAGAGUACAAGAUUUAUAAAAGGUAUUAUACUACGACCAUCAACUCUUACAGGUGGUUCAACAAAAAAUUCAGAAGUUAAACAAUCAAUACCAACUAAAGAAGCUAAACGUCAAUCAUUACAAACAAAAGAUGUUAAGAUAAUAACAAGACAAGAUUUAAUUAAUGGUAAAUAUGAUCAUUUAAAUCAUAAUAAUAGUUUUAAUAAUAGUACACUUAAAAGAAGUUCUACAAUGCCAAUUCAUAGAAAUCAUCAUGGAAAUCAUUCUCAAUCACAUUCACAUUCAAAUCGUCGUCAUUCACAUCGUUCAAGAUCUAAAGGUUCAUCAAGUAAAUCAUCAACAAAAUCACCAACAAUAUCACCACGUCCAACUAUUGAAAUUUCUAAAAUUGAUGAUAUUGAAACAAAUGAAAUGUUUAUACCUGCUCAACAACAAAUUGGAAAUUCAACUAAACCUAAAACAACAAAAAGAUCAAGUGAUUCAGAUGUUUUAUUAAAUUCAAAUCAUAAUAAAACUCGUCAUUAUAAAGAUGGAAUGUUAACAAUUCCAGUACAAAGAUCUAUAACUGCAGAUUCUGAUGUUUCUGAUUAUAUUGCAUAUUAA